GCGCAGCAACACUUCCGGUAGAAAAUGGUUGAUGAUCGCAACAAUCUGGAAAUUUUACAAAUUUGUUUUCAUCUGUGACCAAAAAUUGCUCGAAUGAUACCCAAUAAUUGUCACAUCUUGCGAAAGUUAAACUGAAGUCUGGUGCUGUAAGAUUUCAUCUGUCACCAUGGAAACCGUUGCCGAGGAAACCUCGGAACAGAUGAUGAGUGGCCCAGCAAAGCCAGAGGGCGUCGCAAAGAGGAAAACGAGUUUGACAAGUCUUACAGAGCGCGAUCCAAUGGACGUCUAUCUGCGCCCGCGUACCAGGCGUACGAGUCGGGAAGAACAUGUUGAUUUCAAUGCAAGUCUUAUUAUGGGAAGUUUCGACACUGAGAGUCAGGACGACGAAUAUUUCGAAGAAUCGACCGGAAGUGAAACCGGCGAACCGGAUUCUCGUGCGCCGUUUACUAAAACUGUUAUGAGUAAUGGAAAGGGCGUGGCCUGUCCACGCGAAGGUGCCAACUGUAAGGUGAAAUUUGUACUCGUCGAUCCCGUGUUAGCGUUAGACAUUGUUGAGAACAUCGCAUCGUUUCGGUUGGACCAGGAGACGGAAUACCAGAUCGGGCACGGUGUCACGUUCUUGUCGGAGGCGGUUGAUCGCUGUCUAUUGACCAUGAAGCAACAGGAGAUAUGCGAGCUGCGCGUCAAGUAUGACCCUGAAAUGGAGCAGCACAACUUCAACCUGAAUUUGCAUAUUGACGGGAAGAGUUCAUUUACGUUCCUUCUAGAACUGAAGAGUUUCGAAGUCGUUCCGGCAUUUUGGGAACUCAACCCGGAGAAGUUGUUUGAAAAAGCCAACAGCUUUAAGUCGAGGGGAACCGAGUUGUUUCAGAAGGAGAACAUAGAGGGCGCAUUUAAGAUGUAUAGCAAGUGUAUGAAAUUGUUGAUUAUGAUGGGUCGCGAGAAGGAGUUAGACACAGCUUUAGCAAUGAGUAUGAGGUCGUUAAAAGUUCAGGUGUAUCUGAAUCUGACCGCUUGUCAAAUGAAAUGCGACAACUAUCAAGCUGUCAUCAAAAAUUGUACCAAGGCUUUAGAAAUUGAUGAGAAAAAUGUUAAGGGUUUAUAUCGCCGGGGCUGGGCCUACGGCCAAAUCAACGACCUGGAUAGUGCCAAAGCAGAUCUUGCUCUCGCUAUGCGCAUUGAUCCUUCGAGUAAGCCUGUGGCACGUGAAUUGGAAAAAGUCAACCAGCGAAUUAGUAAAGUUGAGAAAGAGAUGGCGCGUGGUAUAAGAAAAAUGUUCACGUCGUAAUUUCACGUGGUAACCUCUCUCGAAGAAUUUUAAAUGGAAGUCAAGAGCUUUGGAACCCUUUAAGAAUUAAACGGAUUUUGGUUGAGAGGGAAAUGUUGUGCUGUUUUGUAGCUAUCUCAAAAUAUGUCAUCUCGUGUCACGUGUCACUAAAAAGAAAUGAUUUUGUAGCUAUUUCAAUAUUUGUCACGUGAUACAAAGAAGAAUGUACCAUUGUUUGUGUCACACAAAGAUAUUACAUAAUACUGUCGAUUAUAUUAUAAUCGACAGUGUCACCUAUCACAUAAAGGAUAAUAGCUACAUUUUGGAUUUGAGUAUUAGUCACGUGUCACUAAAAAAUUUAAGCUACAUGUACUUUUCACCAAAAAAAUGAUCUGUAGCUAUUUGAAUAUUUUGUCACGCGUCACAAAAAAAAAGUACCAUGGCAAAGAUAUUACAUACAUUCGACAGUGUCACAUGUCACGUAAAGGAUAAUAGCUACAUUUUGUAUUUGAAUAUUUGUCAUGUGUCACUAAAAAAUUGAAGCUACUUGUCAUUUCAGCUGUAUCACUUGUAACAAUCAAGCUUGUGUUAAUUCUGAAGGGUCAGGAGCUAUCACAUAUAUCUGGACCGAGAUUUGUUAGUAUUUAUGUGCUAUUGUGCCGCCCUCUUUUGUUGCCAUGUAAGACAGAAUCACUGUCUCCACGUCAAAUGAUCUCAUAUAUUGUAGUCUUGUACUGUAAACCGCCGUUUUUUUGCAAAAGAUAAAAAUUGCGAAAAAUUUAUAUUUUUUGUAUUGGAAACAUAAAAGAAGAAAUUUCGAGAUGUGCCAAAAGAAAAAUUGCGAAAAAUUUGUUAAAAAAGUUAGAAAUGUCAUGUGUGAAUUGGAAAAAAAAAGAUUCAAGGAUUCAUCAAAAUUUUCGGUUCACAGUAUGCUCCACUGCACUUCCCUGUAGCAAUAACCGGUUAAUUAGGGUGUAAAACUAGAUAAACUUUUCUACAAAGUUCUGACAGAUUUGUAAGCAUUUAUUGGUGCAGGUCGGCUUGCAGUAUAGCUUAAAUCAUUGUUUAUUUUCUGUUGACCAUAUUGUUACUAACUGCAAAGACAUUAUACUCUCCUUGUUGCUCUAUGUUGAAUUAUUAAUUACUAAUUAUGUUGUUACGUGCUGCCAUUAUUAAUGAGCAGUUAAUCAUACAGCUCGUGGUUAUGUAAUUGUAAAACUGACGGGUGUCUCUUUCAAAUUUUCGGUAUACUUGGGAGUUUCAUUUGUUGUUUGACACUUUCAGAUCCAUCCGAUGUAGAUCAGUGUCACUGUUCCAGCCGUAACCCCCCCCCCCCCUAGCCCCUUAUUAAUCUCUAAAAACUUCAACGUCAAAAAACACAAACGCCAUCUUCAGGAUGAUGAAGGAAGUGAGUCAUUCAAUGCGUUAAGCCAGUUGUGAAACAGUUCUGACUUCGAGAGUUAGGGAGUCGUUCUGGUCACUUCUCAACCCGAAAAAUAAAAAAUUACCCCCGGUACACGAGAUGGCAUAGUAAUCUUUUCUCUGUCGACAACAAACUGUAUUGAGCUCAAUGGGGUUUGGCAGUAGCAUUGAUGUCGAGUCCUAACGCUGCUAUUGUAAGUGAAAUUUACUGUAGGAGAUAGCAGUUCGUUGAGGUUGUCUCUUAGGCUGAUUGAUCAGCCAGGCCCUGGGCGAUAAAACGCAUUGAUAUGCACUCCAAUCUGAAGAGAAAAUGCAGAAUGACGCCUUCCAGUCCUCCCAUCAAUGGGAAUAAAGUCUAAAUUUAUCAGUGCUAAAUGAUUUCAGAAGUGAAAAUGAAGUUUGUAUCUGUUGGAGAGAAAAACUAACUUGUUGCAAAAAGCUGGAUGCGUCAGUUUUUCAGAGUAGACUUUCAGAGUAGCGUUGAAUUGAAGCACAUAUUAUCACAGGCACAAAAAAAUGUAGUGUCUGCCAAACUCGGUAAAGAAAAACAUUUGAAGAAACUUUUGGGGGGGGGUAGCUUAAAUCUCGAGGUUACUAUGGCAGCCUAACUAACUACUUAACUUUUAGGUUUUGGAAAGCCCUGCAGUACGAACAAGCUUCCACCAAUUUUGCUAAAAAUGUGCGUCCUCAGCAGCGGUAAUUUUAUCACAUUAGGUUUUAGGAAUACUUUAUGUUAGUUUGUCAUUUUCAUUCUUUUUUCUCCACAACAAACCUGUUAGAAGCUCAAAGUUCAAUUCGGACCAGUUUCUUCCAAGAAAAGUUAAGACCCUUUAUCGUUACACACUGUAUAAUGUGUUACACAUGAACCAAAAAGAACUUGGAAGUUUGUGAUAUUAUGUCGACUGUUUUGUAAUAUCAUGUAACUUUUAUUAAUAUUCAUGUAACUAUUAUUAUAUUGAAUGGAGAUUAAUGUUUUUGUUUGGUAUAAUUAUUAAUUAUUAUUAAGAUUUGUUUAUUGAUAUUGUGAAAUGGUACCUGUUUAAAAAAAACGUUUAGAAUCUGAGCUUUAAGAUAACUUUGUAGAUCAUCAUAAAUGGCUAUGAAAAUUUUCACAAAAAUGUGACACUUGGACAAGUUGUUGUAAAAUGUAACUUCGCAGAGGUAUUUACUCCAGUGGAUGUGUAAUGUGCAAAGUUUUAUCAACACAUAAUGUUCCCAACUUCCCCAACAUUUAUCUAUCCAAUGUUCCCAACAUUUUGACAAGUAAAAUUAAUGGAGGGUACAACAAACUACCAGUACUUGCAAGUAAUGUCCCACAAAACUACAGUACAGUUGUAAAGUGUCCCAACUUUCAACAUAUUUAUGUCCCAAUCAACCAGUACUUGCAAGUAAUGUCCCACAAAACUGGAGUUGUAAAGUGACCCAACUUUCAACAUAUUUAUGUCCCAAUCAACCAGUACUUGCAAGUAAUGUCCCACAAAACUGGAGUUGUAAAGUGUCCCAACUUUCAACAUAUUUAUGUCCCAAUCAACCAGUACUUGCAAGUAAUGUCCCACAAAACUGGAGUUGUAAAGUGACCCAACUUUCAACAUAUUUAUGUCCCAAUCAACCAGUACUUGCAAGUAAUGUCCCUCAAAACUGGAGUUGUAAAGUGACCCAACUUUCAACAUAUUUAUGUCCCAAUCAACCAGUACUUGCAAGUAAUGUUCCACAAAACUGGAGUUGUAAAGUGACCCAACUUUCAACAUAUUUAUGUCCCAAUCAACCAGUACUUGCAAGUAAUGUCCCACAAAACUGGAGUUGUAAAGUGUCCCAACUUUCAACAUAUUUAUGUCCCAAUCAACCAGUACUUGCAAGUAAUGUCCCACAAAACUGGAGUUGUAAAGUGACCCAACUUUCAACAUAUUUAUGUCCCAAUCAACCAGUACUUGCAAGUAAUGUCCCACAAAACUGGAGUUGUAAAGUGACCCAACUUUCAACAUAUUUAUGUCCCAAUCAACCAGUACUUGCAAGUAAUGUCCCACAAAACUGGAGUUGUAAAGUGUCCCAACUUUCAACAUAUUUAUGUCCCAAUCAACCAGUACAUGAUCAUGAUCAACUCAGAAUCUCAAAACUUUUAUCAAAACGUACUGUCCCGCAUUGUGAUGAGUUGUGUCCAAAUAUUUUAUGACAAUGGCCUUGACGCAUCAUAUCCUACUGGGAAUUUUCAUGUUGACUUAAAUUUUUCAGGCGCAUAAGCAUUUUCUGAUAGACAUUGGUUAAAGUCGAGUUGGGAAUGCUCUUUUGAUAAAAAGAUCUGGAGUUGAUACAUCAGUAGGGGCAUUACUGGUUCAAAGACUCACUAUAGGAUAUUACCAAUCCCACUGCCAUUGCCGCACUUGUUUGUUACGGCACCAAACUUGCAUUUAAGAGAAUAUAAUAAAAAAUUGUCUCAAACAGAG